CAGCCUACAUCUACUGCAGCAUAACUAAGGGAGGAUUCAGGGUUCAUAUUUUCAUAUUUUUCCUCUUGCUCUCUUUCACAAGAAUAGUACAGUAUAAUAGAAUAGUCAGAAGCAUCAGCAGAACACAACAGCGAGUACAGUGAGUACAAGGGGGUGUCUUUUGGUGACACCCCCUUGUGACCUUGAAAAUUCUCAAUGAAUUAAGAUACACUUCACAAUCAUUCCAGCAAAGUCUUCUUGUUACCCAGAUAUCUACUGUCACAUUCUCAAAACAUGACAGUACAUUCAAGGUCAAAGGAGAACAAAGGUGAUGAAUUUAAAAAAACAUGUUGAAACCAGCAGAGGACAACCCAAUAUUUUUCCCUACUGAUUCUGAAUAUGACUGGUUGUUGGCCAAGAUCUUCGUGAGAAGUGCAGAUUUCAACCUGUUUGAACUAAAUGCUCACCUGCUGCGCACUCACCUGCUGGCUGAGGUGCAAUGUCAGUGUUGCGUAACCUGCCCACGGUUCACCCUCUGUACAAGCUCCUCAUACCUCACACUCGCUACACUCUAAACAUCAACUUCUUAGCUCGGAAACUGCUAAUAUCUAAGAAUGGAGUUUUCACUCAGUUUACAGCUUCUGGUGGAAAGGGUGCUGCCGAAAUCCUGAAGAAAUCACUGGCCACCGUGACCUACAACUCCCUCCUGACAUCUGACCCACGUUAAACUCAUGGACUGAACAUACACACA